GCUCGCGACUAAGAUUACCUGACUGGCGACUGUUUUAAAAUUUAAUUCAAAUGUCUAAGUUUAGUUUAAAACCGGACGCCUGCGCGUUAAUAUAAUUUACGUUAAAAAAGCGAAAUAUUUAAAUAGAAAUAUUAAUACAAUUUAUAAACAAAUAAAAUACAAAAGUUUAAAGAAAUUUUAAUAAUAAUAAAAAAACGAAUUUAAACGAGAUAGAAAAAAAAGAAAUGUUUUGAUUUUGUUGCAAAAUUAAAAGUGAAAUUUUUAUUUAAAAUAUAUAUUAAGAAAAUGUCUACUGCCACAACUGCCCUGGCGGCCACUAAAAAUGAGGAAGAAAAACUGAAUUAUUUUCAAAAAGUAUGGCGUUUUCGCCGUUACUUGACCAUAGAACCGUUUUUCUUCUUCUAUUUGAUGGCAAGUGUUUUCAAUGCCAUUGCCAUGUUAAAUUUCCCGUUGGAUAAGGCGUGUCGUGUUAACUUGGGUUAUAGUAAAGAGGUGUGUGCUACGACUUUGGAUAAAUCACAAUAUGACAUCGAUUGUGAUGCUUUUAAUUUUGAAAAUGCCACCGAAUUUGAGGCCACUGCAGCGGAAAUGUUUUUCAAUGACACCUCACCGGGCUUUAACUAUACGGUGUGUAAAGCAGAAGUGGGUGCUCAGAAAUUGGCCGCCAAUGUUUCGGGCAAAAGAGCACCGAUAG